CUAGUUGCAAGUAUUGAUUUUUUGCCUCCUAUGUUGGAGGUAGUCAUGCUGUGAAAAAUCAAUAUUGUUUGUUCCCAAUUCGGUGGAAAAGUUAUUCUGCAUCGUGAAAAGUAAGACGCAAAUUGCAGAUUUAGCAAAAAACGUGGUUCUGGAUUACCUUUAUUUACACUAACUUGUGGAGAUUGAGAGCUUUAACAUAGUGAAAUGUAUUCAACGGAGUGAUUCGAGAUUCACCUUCGCGUGUUCGUUGUUUCGCUUGAAAGUUUAUUUGCCACUUUAUUAUGCGUUCGUUGACCGCGGUCCACGGGCACCCCCUGCCUGAGCUAGGCGUUCCCUCCAACAUCAACCAGGGCGACGGGAACGGAGACGACAUGGCCGGCGCACAGGACACCAUCUACCUCUGCAACUUCCGCGUCUCGGUCGACGGAGAGUGGCUCUGUCUAAAGGAAUUGCAAGACAUGGAAAUGCAGGAUUCUUACAUAAAGCCUGCCGAGCCGGGCGUUAUCACCUCGCCCGACGAUCCUAUGCAUUCUUUAAUGGCACGUGACCCCGUAGUCAUAGAGCGCAGCAACCUGGUGAAUAUAUCCAAGUUGAUCGUUAAGGAGCUAAUCGAGCAAUCCCUCCGAUAUGGACGGAUGUUGGACAGCGACCAUCUGCCGCUGCACCACUUCUUCAUCGUCCUCGAACAUGUCAUGCGCCACGGACUUAAACCGAAAAAGCAUUUGCAGGGUCUUCUUGGUCCUAAAAAGGAGCUAUGGGAUAUUCUUCAGAUGGUUGAAAAAUACUCGCCAGAAGCAGCCGAUAUUACCGCCAGUGUCCGAGAUCUUCCAACCGUCAAAACCGCAAUGGGGCGUGCGCGCGCCUGGCUCCGACUCGCGCUGAUGCAGAAGCGCCUCGCGGACUACAUGCGACUGCUGCUGGAGCAUCGAGAGGACACGCUCGAGGAGUACUUCGAGCCGCAUGCCCUUAUGCUGAACGACGAGGCAGUGAUCAUCACGGGGCUGCUCGUCGGCCUCAACGUCGUCGACUGCAACCUGUGUGUCAAGGAAGAAGAUUUGGAUAGCCAGCAAGGCGUGAUUGAUUUCUCGCUGUACCUCCGAGGCAGUAACUCCUCCACCGACCUGACCACCACCACCAACAACGCCAACACGGAGCCGAAGCAGCGGCACAUCAACACCAUGUUAGAUCAAAAGAACUACAUCGAGGAACUCAAUCGGCAUCUCAACGCAACGGUAGCUAAUCUCCAAGCCAAAGUUGAAAGUCUGACUACAACGAACGCCUUAAUGAAGGAGGACUUAGCUAUCGCCAAAAACACAAUGAUCACUUUGGUCGAGGAGAAUAAUCAACUAAAACAUGCAUUGGGUCAAGACAUCACUAAAGAUAGUAGGAUGAAAGUAACUGAGCUGCAGUCGGAUGAAGAGGAAAAACGCAGCGUCAAGAGUGUCACGUCUGAUAAGACUAAGAACGAGAAAGAUAGCGAAUUAGGUCGAGUACUGGACGAAGAAAGAAAGAAAAAUGUAGAGCUACAAAGAGAACUGGAUUUACAGAUUUCAUUAAAAGCUGAGAUGGAGGUAGCUAUGAAGUUAUUGGAAAAAGACAUACAUGAUAAACAAGACACAAUAAUAUCUCUACGACGACAGCUUGAUGAUAUCAAAUUAAUUAACUUGGAAAUGUACAAAAAAUUACAGGAAUGUGAAAGUUCCUUGAAACAUAAAACUGAGCUAAUAGCCAAAUUGGAAGCAAAGACUGAAUCAAUGGGCAGCACGAUACAUCAGCUUGAUGAGAAGUUAAAGGAAGACAAGGCUGCUAGGAAAAGUUUGGAAGAAAGCGCGCGGUCGCUGGGGCAGAAGGCUGCGGCCGCGGAGACGAGGGCAGUGACCGCCGAGGGCGAUCUGAGGAUAGAACGCGAGUGGAGGACUUCGCUGCAGGAAUCGAUGAUACGCGACCGAGACAAAAUAUCAAUGUUGACACAAGAAGUAGAAUCUCUCAAAUCUAUUGGACAGAAAUAUCUAUCCUUACAAGAAGAACAACACCUACUCAAGACCCAAUACAGCGAGGCUCAGAAGACUCUAGAAGAAGUCGGUGCGACGUUAAGCGAGAACAAGCUACAGCUAGCGGAAUUGUUAGAGAAGGAAGCCCUGACGGCGUCCGCCGACGACACGCCGAACUGGACCAGCGACAAGGACGCCACGGUCUGCACGGCCUGUGCCAAAGAGUUCACGAUAGCGAGGCGGAAACACCACUGCAGACGCUGCGGCCACAUAUUCUGCAGCGCGUGCAGCGACAAGUCCGUGGCGUUGGCCGGCAACACCAAGCCGGUGCGCGUGUGCGACGCUUGCUACGCCGAGGUCAGACUAACGUAGCCGUAGCUUAUCUAGGCCUAGGUUACUAUUCAAUUCAUACGACUGACCAAAUAACCGUUGGACUAUUAUGGUAGAACGCAAUUGUUAAGAAGUAAUUAGUUGUUACACGUUUUUGAGCGUCUGAAUCGACGAGUUUUAAUUAAAGUCCGUUAAGGUAGCCGGCAACGUCAGUCCGUAAGGGUCAGGUUGACGUAGUCCUUAGGUAUGGUCAAUUUUCAAGCCGUGUUUUGUUUCACGUCCGUCACUCUUGAGUGACAAAUCGACUGAAAGGUUGAAUUCUUGGAAGAACACUUAACUGGCAGCGAAGCGUAUCGUGUGCAAGAACACAUUAUGGUUUAUUAUUGAGUGUUUAUAUUUAUAAUGUUCGAGUUAUUUGGUCAGUGAAUAAAACAAGCCCAUACUAAAGUGUUCAUUGCGAUACCAACGAGUAAAAUAUAGCUAGAUUAAACAUAACUGUUCUAGUACUGAAGUCAAAUACUGCCCAGCAAAGCCAAUUAGCGGUAUCUCAAAUCAAAAUUGAAUGCAAACAUAUAUCGUCAGACUACGCUAAGUAUCACGCCAAGUGCUAUGUCAGAUAUGGAGCUUAGCUUAUGCAUUAUUACUAGAGAUGCACCGGAUAUCCGGUUACUAUCCGGUAUCCGGCCUAUCCGGCCAUUAUUUUACUAUCCGGCCGGAUACAGGAUAGUGUCCUACUAUCCGGCCGGAUACCGGAUAGUAACAUUGCUUGAUUUCGGAGUACACAAAUUGGAUUUAAGAAACAGACACGGUCAUAAUAGUACUUGUUUAUUAUUUUAAAACAUUUUAAUCAUUUCACUGACUUGCACGCGCACUCAUUUCACACCUAGAAAUGAGUCCGCGCGAACGUUUACUAGGAAACAGGUUAAACCUGCAGAAUGCGCACCUGAAAAACCGAAAUGUAGGUAUAGUUCCGCCGGCCGAAUAUCCGGCGGCCGGAUACCGGAUAUUCGGCCAGUGUCCAGGCCGGAUAUCCGGUAUCCGGCCAAACAACUAUCCGUUGCAUCUCUAAUUAUUACUGGCAAGGUUGUGCAUUGAAAUGUUAGCGUGGUCAGACUCUACCUUAAGUUCUUUAUCUUAAAAUUCAAUUUUCAAAUAAAUUUUGUUUUUGAGAUGCUGUUAUUGGGGCAUAUUAUAUAAUGAGGGCAUAAUACGUAUUGAUAAGAAAAUAUUAUAUACCUAGUCUAGCCAUAAAUUCUGGUACAAAAAUGAUUGUCCAUGUUGACUAUGACUAUGAAUUAUAAAUUAUACUUAAGCUUCUAAAAUAUGUACCCUCCUUGGUCCCCUUACAUAUGGGGCAUUUCACG